AUGCCGCCGGCGAAGAAAGGGAAAACAAAAGCUGGAUCAAAGGAAACGACUCCUUCGGAAAAACCUAAUAAUUUUCCGUCUUGUAUUCGGUGCAUGCCUCCUUCAUCCGUCGCUAUAACCAUCCACGCUAAACCAGGUUCCAAGUCCGCAUCCAUAACAGAUGUGAGUGAUGAAGCUGUUGGUGUGCAAAUUGAUGCACCGGCGAGGGAUGGUGAAGCAAAUGCUGCUCUUCUUGAUUACAUCAGCUCCGUUUUAAGUGUAAAACGAAGACAAGUAUCUUUAGGUACUGGUUCUAAGUCAAGAGAUAAAACAGUGAUUGUGGAAGAUGUAACUCAGCAAUAUGUUUUUGAUGCUUUGGAUAAAGUCUCAAAACAGUAG